AUGGCAUGGGAUCCCUGGUCUCUCGUCACAUACAUCACGCACACAAGCAUGACGUUCACAAAGGGCGCGCAGGACGCGCUCCUGCAAUGGGCCAACACCUUUGCCCUCGACAAGAAGGCCAGGACAAUGGACGACUUCCAUGAUGGCAUCCUCCUCUCCCAGAUCCUCGCCGACCUCGACACCAGCUACGACCCCUCCGAAGUCCAGACCGAAGACAAGCGGUGGCUCGCCAACAAGAAGAACCUCCAGAGCGUCUACAAAGGCCUUGCCCGCCUGAUCCACCGCGAGUGUCCCGGCCUCGGCCGCCAGGCCAGGAUCGCCGACUUUCGCGCCAUCGCCUCGAGCCCCGAUGCCCAGGGCAUCUGCAAGGUAGGCCACGACCACCCCGUGUGCUCGACGAAGCCCACCCAGCGCGUGCUAACCACAGUGUCCCUGCAGCUCCUGGCGCUCCUGUUCGCCGUCGCCAUGCUCGGCAGCAACAACGAGCGCUACGUGACCCGCAUCACGCGCGACAUCACCGACGGCGCCGCCCUGUCGCAGCUGCAGCGCAUCACGGUCGAGAUGAAGACGGACAUGGAGGAGGCGCUCGCCGCCGCCGGCACCGACGACGCCCACGACGUGGCCGUCGAGGCGCGGGACCCGGACCUCGCCCUCGAGGAGGAGAACGCCGGCCUCAUGGCCCAGCUCGACAAGAAGCAGAAGAACCUUGCCGACAUGGAGACGCGCCUCGCCCACCUGCAGGAGAGCUACGACGACCUCAAGGACGAGGCCGCCCGUGUCACGAGCGAGCUCGAGGACGUGCGCAGCAUGCACAGCGGCGCCGGCGACCAGGUCAUCCGCAACCUCGAGAUGAAGAUUCGCGAGCAAGACGAGCUCAUCGCCACACAGGAGGGCCAGCUCGAGGACGUGCGCGUCGCCAAGGAGCGCCUGCAGACCGAGAUGGCCGCCCUCAAGACGAGGGCCGCCCGCGCCGACGUCCUCGAGGACGAGGUCAACGAGCUGCGCUACCGCGCCGAGGAGCUCGGCCGCAAGGCCAACAUGGUCGAGCGGUACAAGCAGAAGCUCGAGGCGAGCAGCAAGAUGCAGAGCGAGCUCGACAACUUGCGCUACGAAAAGGAGGAGAUGCAGCGCGACCUGCUCGAGUACGAAAAGGUCCUGAAGAGGAACCGCGCCCUCGAGCUGACAAACGACAAGUACGCCGAGAAGAUGCAGGAUUACGAGGUCCAGCUUAUCGAGCUGGACGGCAAGCGGAAGGAGGAGUACAACGAGAUGAUCGCGCUCAGGGAACACCUCGAGUCUCUCAGCGCGCAGCGCAAGGCUGACGAGAUGUUCAUCGGCGAGCUGCAGGAGCAGAUCAGCACGGGUGGCCACGGCCACGGGAACAAGUCUCCGUCGAGUCCUGGGGGCGCCGGGUUCAACCUCGACGAGGAGCUCGAGAACGCAAAGGACGUGGCGCCCAAUCUGAGCCUCGAGAUCUCACGACUCAAGGCCGAGAACCAGCUGCUGCGCAGCAGCAUGGGCUCGGGAUCAGAAAACUCACGCUUGCGCAAGGAGCUCGAGGAAGAGCGCGCGCAGCGCAACCGGCUGCAGAAGAACUUCAACGAUAUUCACGAGAAGCACACCGUGGCGGAAGCACAGGUCCAGUCACUGCUGCGCGACAUGACGGACGAAAAGUAUGUCGAGAAGAUGGAUACCCUGUUCCCCGCCGGUGGCAACGUGGCAAUGCUAACGCAGGAGUUCUUCACCGCCAGGGCCUACAACGAACUCGUCGCACAGCAGAAGAAGUCGGAAUUGGAGCUCAAGCAACACAUGGAGCUGGCGACAGAACUACGAAACCGCAUCGCGGACCGUGACCGCGAACUGUUGAGUGCGAAGACUGACCUUUCAGCCGUCGAGAAGGAUAGUAUUGAAGCGCUCGAAGAGCUCAAGGCGACCGACAAGCUCAUCUCCGGCUCGCUGCAGGAGGAGCUCGAGGCGCUGCGAACCGACCACAAGAACGCCGCCACGGACGUGCAGGAGGCGCAAAAGGCACUGACCAAAGCCCUCCUCGAGAAGGACGAGCUUCGAAAGGAUCUCGAUACCGUCAAGGAGCAGGGCGCUGGGCAAGACUCGUCCAAAUAUCUGGAGAAGAUCCAACAGCUGCGUGACCGGCUCAAGGAGCGCAACGAGCAACUCGAGAAAGCCGAACGCGACAGGCACGACCUCACGCGCAAGCUCAAAGCCUCAACAGAUGGCGGCGCCGCACUGGCACAAAAGACCCAGAGCGACCAGAUUAUCAAGAACCUGCAGCGCGAGAACGCGCUCAUCGCCACGGCGUGGUACGACCUCACAAGCAGGUUGCAAAGCAACCACGUCGUUCUGCAAAGACGCAACGAUGUGCCGCGUAGCUGGCUCAACAAACAGCGCCAGAUGGUCAAUGGUACGGCCAAGCCCUGCUUCUUCCAAGCAUGA